GUUUUUGUGACGCUGACGGAGACGGCGCGACCUAUUCUACAAUACUAGCAGGCCGCUGGCGGCGAGUUCUGACCACGAAGAACUAGAACUUAAGAUUUGAAUAUUUGAUUGAGGUUUUGUGUUUUGAUUGUCCUUCAUUCCACGUUCUUCCUACCCUACCUAAUAUCGUGCCUCAAAUUAUGCUUUCCGCUUUUCCGCACCGCUUUGAAACGGAAGACAAUAGUUAUGACAUCGUCCGGUCUGCUUGGGUCAAUGGCGCGCACUACUUCGCGUGUGGCGAAAACCGGGAGAGUGGAGCGUUCCUCGAUGUCUACAAGGAUGGGAAAAGAUUGGAAUACACAGGAGGUGGAGGACCUGGUGGCAGUUGUAAUAAAUCCUCAAAUGCACCCAACACCAGCAUUAGUACGUCUUCGAGUCCGACAGGCGACGCGGGUGCGACCACGUCAAAUAGCACCAGAUUGAAGGUGUCCGACACAACCAUUUGCCUUCUCACAGCGCUCGAGUUUGUCCCCGGGUAUAACACCGCGCAAAAAUCCGACCUCCUACUCGCUGCCGGUUUCUCGCACGGUGGGGUUUCGCUUUUUCACACUGAAAACCUCGAGUGUAUCCUGGCGUUCAGCCUAAAGCCGGGAUUUGUGAUCUCCAGCUUUGGCUUCACAGGGGUCGUGGAGUUGGAUAAAAGCGGCGGUUCAGGCACCGCGAGUGCGGCAUCUGCUGCGGGUUCGGCAUCGGCGUCGCAUAAGACCACCGAUGAAGAAGAAGACGCUUUGUUCUGGAUUGUGCACAACCAUAUCGACACGCAAACGCUUUCCUCCAACCUGCGAAAAUGGCACGCUGCGGCACAGCAAGCGACGAUAAAAGCAGCUGCAGCAACAAGUUCAUCUCCAUCUUCAUCACCUACUGGUGACGGCAGUGGCGCUCCUGGAGGUAGUUCAGCAAUUACGAUCGACGGAACAAGCAACAAAGAGCAAAUCGAACAAGGCAGGUUUUCGAGAACCAACAGCGGGCCAAAAAGUUCAAACCCGUUAUUCGACCCACCAAGGCCACGCGGCACUGGGUCCUCCGACGGAGGUGCAACACCAGCUUUCUCUUCAACCAGACCAGCCCCGGGAACCGCGGUAGUGAAGAAAGCCGGUGUCACCACCGUGAAAAACUUCGGUCAACAAGCAGCAGGUAGCUCAACUGAAAAGAACGCAGAAGGAACAUCAUCUUCAAAAACGCCGUAUCCGCACGACCCAUCUUCCGAACUCGCCGACCAGGACCGCAGUUUUGUCGCCCGGGUGCCCUUCGCCUGUAUCCGGCAAGCGGUGGCGAAAACGUUUCCGGUCCCGGAGUCGGCGAACUUCCGCGCGGAGCUUUUGGAGUUCCCGAUCGAGUUUCAGCUCGCGACGACGCUUUUUUUCCGUCGGAACAUGGUGAAAGAGUUCUCCCCGACCGAUCUGGCGUUCUUCAACGGCGGAGGCGGUUCGGGUGGCAACCUCUACGUUUCGGACUUGCGGAGGGGCUUGGAACUAGCGGCAAGUGCGGAAGAGGAAGAGUUGAUUAUGUCGACGAGAACUGGUGGCUCGACGUCUCCGCGGACGUCACAACUCUCUGGUAGAAGUGCUGGACGAGAGAACCACGGCGGGACAUCUUCCAGAUCAAACCUUCCCUCAGCGUUCGCGCAGGCUGGACAAACGGUGAAGUCUUCGUCUUCCACCGCAGCUACGGCGAGGCAGCAGCUGUACCAGAAAAAUUUGCUCAAGCAGCACGACCGAAACCAAGUGUUGGCUGUUGGGAGAAACCCAAUGAUUGCAAAGUGCGACAACAUGUACAACGACCCGAAAAACGCGCCGAGCGUCAGCGCGCUCGUCGGAUCAGCCGUUGAUUUUUUCAUGGGCAGGUUCGCCGGAACCACGACGGCAGCGAAAAGUCCGGGAGUGAGGUAGAAAAGUUUGAGCACUUUAAAAAAGAAAUAAAAAAUUUGAAAAUCUGGGAAAACAUUUUUUUUUUUUGGUACGUCGAGUAUACCAUGCAGAAUUGAUUCGAACCGCGGGGGUAUGCUAGACCGCAGAACUUCCACCUUUCGCAGCAUUCACGCAAAGUAGCACUUUUGGCAUGUUUUAAAGAAAAACAGCUGCAGUAACUUUUUCCCAAACAAAGUUUUUUUUUUCGUGCAUAUUGAACAAAAGCCACAACAUGAUAAGAAAAUAAAAAAAAUAUUCCGCAGGUUCAACCCGCUCAAAGAAUCUGCACGAGAUCGCGUUUCUGCAGGCUAUCGUCGUUCCACGGAAAUUCAAUUUACCGAAAAAGUUGAAGAAUUUUGUCUCUCCGCGUCCGCACAGCUCGAAGACGGUGGGCGCCACGCGAUCGCUUGUGCCGCAGAUCCCCGACGCAAAUACCUCGCGAUUGCGGACAACCUCGGACGCGUUGGUUUGUACUGCAUCGAUUCCUUGCGGUGUCUGCACUUGUGGCGAGGGUACCGUGACGCGCAGGUUGCGUUUGUGUCAGACACGUACUUGGCGAUCUUGGCGACUCGACGAGGCUUGCUCGAAGUGUGGCACUUGCAAACGCUGCAGCGGUUACGCGCCUGGAAUUUGAUGCCGGUGAGAGGUGCAGCUGGAGCUCGGGCAGGUGGAGGCGGUUGUGUUGCAGGAGGAUCGCAAGAUCUGCAAAAGGUAGACUUAGGGCAGCAUCUUGACGUACUCCCGAGGGCGACAGCGAAGGUUUUUCCGAGGUUGAUUUCUUCGUCGACGACAGGAGUUGGCAGCACACCGCAAAACUCAUCUACAACGAGUUCUGUUCUAGUGUUGAGGAAAAAGCGCGAUGGGACAACGGUUUUCUACAAGUUGGAAGUGCCCAGUAAGAAUCCGAAUACCCCUCCAGGUGUUACGUCAGCAACUGCAGACGACGUCGAAUUGCAUGAAUUUGAUUCAGCGCAAGAGGACUGAGUGUUUCUGGAGCAAAGCCAGUACACAAGUUUUGCUCCUCAUCAUGCUCCUGUAGUCAGAGCUUUGCCAAAAGCAAAAGCUCGACAACACCAGAGAUGGACAUCAAAUCGGCG